CGCAGAAGGCGUCGCAAUGGGAAGACCGCCUCCCCAGCCACAUCAUGCGAUCGAGCGGCGAAGAUGCUAAAGAUGGAUGCUUUGACGGUGUCCCAGCUCUUGGUUGGCGUCAGCGUCACUCUUCUCAUGCCUGAGGUUAUCUUCGGCCGCCCUCCAAUGCGGUACUUUCGUCUCCAGCAGCUCUUCGUCGUCCUGCCUCAAUUUGCGUCGCUUUCGCUUGUGAUGAUGCAUGCGCGCCUCAAGUGGAGGCAUAUUCGCCCGCAAUCCAGGCAUAAAAUCUUUAUGGUGCACGUCAUUGCAAUUGUGUGUGUGUGCACCGCCGCGGAGCAGUCAGGGUUUCGCAUGGGAUUGCGGUGGUGCUGCAUGUUUCCAUCGUCGUGUCCGCCAACUCCCCUCGUCAACCCUGCCUUGUGCACGGACGCCUUCCGCUCUCUUGGUCGCUCGUUUCUUGUGUCCAUGCAUUUCGUCGGCACACUCGGCUGCUUUGUCGCCCAUGGCGCGCUCUUUACGUCCAACUCGCUUCAACUUGCCCUCCUUUCAACGCAGUGAUCUAGUGCAGCUCGACUGUCAUGUUUCACUUUAGUGCGUCUACGCGAACAGCUCGCCUUGCUUGGGAGGCUUUCCCGCCUGUUGGUUGUUCAUUUGCCCAUCUUUCGAGACGACCGCCG